UAAAGAAUUACUCCCUAAUUGAAUUUCUUUUUUUAUCAUUUUUAACCUUCCUUCAAUUUUCUUGAAUUUGAACUUUGAACUCAAUAUCCCGCCUCUCUUCCAUCUCAAUCUCCAUUUUCUUUCAUCAAGAUCCUGUCUUGAUCACAUUCUUGAAUGUUCUUGUAGCUGUUGAAUGCAGAAACAAGGUAAAUGAGGGGGUUCAACUAAAAGUAAAUUGACUAGCUUAAUUCCAUGCCCCCCACACUCACUAUGAAGAGAGAAAAUUCAGUAAUCUCAGCUGCAAUUGAGCCCAUGGUUCGAGUUACAAGAUCUCGAGCUGCUGUCCCUGAAAAAUCCAUGGUUGCUAGCACUGCAGAACUGCCAAAGCAGCGGGGCCAGAAACGUGCUCUGCAGAUAAGUUCUAACCCGGCAAUCCUCAGGGUGAGGAACAAGAAUGUUCCACUUACUUCCUGUGUGGAGCAGAAAUGCCGGCCAGUGCUUAAGGAUGUCACAAAUCUACGUUGCAACACUUCAAAUGGAGAUUGCCUCAAUGCUGUGAAAGUCCCAAAGAAGAAGAAGAUCAUGCGGGUUGGAAACAGCUCAAUGAAUGUGUCUAAAGUGACCACUUCUGUUGACCCUGAAGUCUAUCAAUUUCCAACCAAGUUACCACCAAGGAGUAGCCUUAAUCAAAGUUGCUCAGACAGAAAGUCCCAUGAACAACAAGGAAAUCCAGUAGAAAUCAAAGGUUUUCCAAGAAAAGGCAUGGUUGGGAAAGCUGUUCGUGAUGCAGCACCAUCAACAUCAACAAAGUUGGACUUCAUAGACAUUGAUUCUGAUAAAAAAGAUCCACUACAAUGCAGUCAAUAUGCUCAUGAUAUAUAUAACAAUUUACGGGUUGCAGAGAUAAUUAGAAGGCCGCAAUCAAAUUUCAUGGAAACACUCCAGCGAGAUAUCACAGAAAGUAUGCGUGCAAUCCUUGUCGACUGGAUUGUGGAGGUGUCAGAGGAAUAUAAGUUGGUGCCAGAUACACUCUACCUUGCUGUUCACUUUAUCGAUCUAUUUCUCUCUCAAAACUAUGUGGAAAGGAAAAACCUGCAGCUCCUUGGAAUCACUUGCAUGCUAGUUGCCUCGAAAUAUGAAGAGAUGUGUGGUCCACGUGUUGAGGAGUUCUGUUUCAUCAGUGAUAAUGCUUACACGAAAAAUGAGGUCCUGGCAAUGGAGAUUCUUGUUCUGAACUUUCUAGGUUUCCGACUCUCAACUCCAACUGCAAAGACCUUUCUCAGGAGAUUUGUAAGAGCAGCACAAGCUUCUUACAAGAAUCCCAAUCUGGAGCUAGAGUUCUUGGCUAAUUAUCUCACCGAACUGACAUUGCUUGAAUAUGGCUUCUUGAAAUUCACCCCAUCUUCUAUUGCUGCAUCAUCUGUAUUCCUUGCAAGAUGGACACUAGAUCAGUCAAGCCACCCAUGGAGUCCAACACUGGAGCACUAUACCUAUUACAAGGCUCAAGAUCUGAAAACCACAGUUCUUGCACUACAAGGUCUACAGUUGAAUACAAAUAACUGCCUUCUAAACGUCAUACGUGCUAAAUACCGACAAGAUGAGUUCAAGUCAGUCGCGUGUUUGUCUUCGCCAAAGCUACUUGAGACACUGUUUCAGACAUGAAAUUUGAAGAUAUAAGACUAACCAAAUGGAGCAGCAAUGCUGAAGCAGAUGACAUAUUCUAUAAAGGGGCUUUUUUGCAACUUGGCUCCUCCCUAGGCUUUUUUUAUGAGAGUAACUGAUUCAAAUUCACAUUAUAUUGAGUGUUCCUUUUGUUCACUCUUCUGCUGUAAAGGAUUUGACAUACUAGGAAUAUACUUAAACUUAGCAAGUUUAGCAGUAAAAAAUGAGCAACUUUCUCAGUUGUAAUUCAAGAAAAUCAUGCAGGUAAUUUUGUACAUGCUAUUUUUUUCAACUCUGUUACCUUUGCCAGCUUUUGUAAUUUAGAAUGAUUUGUCUU